UGAUUUCUGUGCUCAUCGUGCAUUUAAGUUCGUCAAUGGUCAUUGAUUGCAACUUCGUGUGAUACGCCAUUACUUCAACUAAACGUAGUUGUUGCCGGGGUGUUACACUUUAGUAACGUUUGCCAUUGCGUAUAGUCGAGAAACUUCUGACAAUGGUUAAAGCCGUGUGCGUUCUUCAGGGUGAUGCCAAAGGCACUCUCUUCUUCGAACAACCGGACAAGUGUGAGACGGUGAAGGUCACGGGUCAAGUAACCGGUUUGAAACAAGGAUUGCAUGGUUUUCACAUUCACGAAUUUGGCGAUAACACUAAUGGUUGUACAAGUGCAGGUCCACACUUCAAUCCAUUAGGAAAGGACCAUGGUGCCCCUGAUUCAAGUGUUCGUCAUGUUGGAGAUUUAGGAAAUGUUGAAGCAGGUGCAGAUGGUGUUGCCAAUGUUAAAAUAACUGACAAAAUAAUCCAACUUCAAGGAUCAAACAGCAUAAUUGGCAGAACUCUUGUGGUUCAUGCUGAUCCAGAUGACCUUGGUAAAGGUGGCCAUGAGUUAUCAAAAACCACAGGAAAUGCUGGUGCUCGUCUUGCUUGUGGUGUUGUUGGCAUUGCAAAAGCCUAAACAUACAUUACCCAUUCUCAUGUAAUAUUAAAUACAAUACAAACUACUAUUAGAUACACCAUGUUAGGACUACUACAAUUUGAAUAUGAG